CCCUCCGGAGGGGAGAUGCACUACCACAUCUACGCGAGCGCGGAGGUGAGCUGCUGGUACAAGUACCUCCUCUUCAGCUACAACAUCGUCUUCUGGCUGGCUGGAGUGGUCUUCCUUGGAGUCGGACUGUGGGCAUGGAGUGAAAAGGGCGUGCUGUCCGACCUGACCAAGGUGACCCGGAUGCACGGCAUCGACCCGGUGGUGCUGGUCCUGAUGGUGGGCGUGGUGAUGUUCACACUGGGCUUCGCCGGCUGCGUGGGCGCUCUGCGUGAGAACAUUUGCCUGCUCAAGUUUUUCUGUGGGACCAUCGUCCUCAUCUUCUUCCUGGAGCUGGCUGUGGCUGUGCUGGCCUUCCUGUUCCAGGACUGGGUGAGGGACCGGUUUCGGGAGUUCUUCGAGAGCAACAUCCAGUCCUACCGGGAAGACAUCGACCUGCAGAACCUCAUCGACUCCCUGCAGAAGGCCAACCAGUGCUGUGGGGCAUACGGGCCUGAAGACUGGGACCUCAACGUCUACUUCAACUGCAGCGGGGCCAGCUACAGCCGCGAGAAGUGCGGGGUGCCCUUCUCCUGCUGCGUCCCCGACCCCGCGCAAAAGGUCGUUAACACGCAGUGUGGCUACGACGUCCGCACCCAGCUGAAGAGCAAGUGGGACGAGUCCAUCUUCACCAAGGGCUGCCUCCCGGCCCUGGAGGGCUGGCUGCCGCGCAACAUCUACAUCGUGGCCGGGGUCUUCAUCGCCAUCUCGCUGCUGCAGAUAUUUGGCAUCUUCUUGGCGAGAACCCUGAUUUCGGACAUCGAGGCUGUGAAGGCAGGCCAUCACUUCUGAACUUCUGAGACCGAGCCGAGCCACCCGGAGGCCAGAGCCUCUUCACUGUCCGCAGGCUUCGUCCAGAGGGGAGAAGCCCACACGCCCACCAGAGCUAGUCCUGGCCUCUGCUUCGACGUGACGUGACCUGUCUUUGCCUGCUGGCGCUGGAGACCGAGCGGCGCUUCUCACCCUGUCCCCUUGUGACUUGUGACUGCAUCCCUCUGGGGUCUGCCAGGAGACAGAGUGGGAGGGACAGGCUGGCUGCCAUGGCCAUGAGACCAUGCCCAGUCCUCUUGGAACCCGGGCAGCUCUACACAACACCACACUCCCCUCGCCCCAGGCUUUAGGUCAUGGGGACCGACCUGAGGGCAGCCAAGUCCCCUGGGGGUGGGAUGGGGUGCAGGGCGGGCAGGGCCUGUCAUAACGGGAAGGGGAGGCCCUGCACCCUGAGCGCCCGCAGGUCGGCCGUGCACACGUGGGGUUGUUGGCGGGGUCCUCGGCCAUGUCCAGGUGAGGCCAGCUGAGGCCAUGUGUGGACUGGUGUCGGGGCACCACAUCCCUGUGCCGAGCCUGACAGCCCUUCCCCCAGGACAGAUGCUGGCUGUAGCCUCAGCAGCAGGGAGCCCUGGUGGCCUGGAGGGGUGCGGUGGGCGUCCUCCGGGGGCCGCUUUCCUCACCAUGUGAUCGUGUAUUUAUGGGGAAGGCCGAGCUCACUCUGUUCCCCGGCCUCGCCCGUUCUCAGUGUCCUCCGUCUCCCAGCAGCACCCUGGCUGCAGCCUCCCUCUUGGAUCCUCCAAGUGUCCAGGCCCAGCCUGUGUCUAGGUCCACCCCGUGUCCAGGCCCAGCCCGCGUCCAGGCCCAGCCCGCGUCCAGGCCCACCCCAUGCCCAGGCCCAGCCCGCAGACCCAGCCCUCCCAGUCCACUACCCCAUGCCCAGGCCCAGCCCGCAUCCAGGUCCACCCCGUGUCCAGGCCCAGCCCACAGAUCCAGCCCUCCCUGUCAGCGGCCCACCCCAUGCCCAGGCCCAGCCCGUGUCCAGGUCCACCCUGUGUCCAGGACCACCCCAUGUCCAGGCCCAGCCUGAAGACCCAGUCCCGCCUACCCAUGGCCCGCUCAGUGUCCAGGCCCAGCCCACGGCACCCUCUCCUUUCUGUCCACGCCCCGCUCCUGCCUGGCCACUCUGCCUUAUGAUCUUGGUGCUACUGAAGGUGUCACCCAGAACUCGAGUCAAGCCCAGCUGAGCCGGCCCGCUGGGUGCCUGGGGCAGGGCUGUCCCCCAUGCUGGGCUGGUGGCUCAACCUGUGCCUCUAUAGGGAAGCCCCUGGGGAGCCGCCUGCCAGCCUGGCAGAGCCCUGGCUCCACUGCCGGGGAGCGGUGGUCUGCCUGGUGGCGACUGCCCGCACCAGGGCACCGUGGUCACCGCCCCCUUCCCGCCAGGGCUGUCCUGGGGCUCUCGGGAAGAUGUCUUACUGAUGACCCCGGGACCCCGCCCUGGCAUGGGGACCCAGCAUACAUUCUGGUGGGUGCAUACAGGCGAGUGUGUGUGUGUGCGAGUGUGGGUGUGUGCGGGUGUGUGUGUGUGCGAGUGUGGGUGUGCGCGGGUGUGUGCGAGUGUGUGUGUGUGCGAGUGGGUGUGUGCGAGUGUGUGUGUGUGCGAGUGUGUGCGCGAGUGCGUGUGCGGGUGUGUGUCUAUGCAGGUGUGCGCGAGUGUGUGUGUGUGCGAGUGGGUGUGUGCAGAUGUCCUCACAGCUUUCCGUGGGCCAGGGGAGGGGCGUGCUUGUCCAGAGCGCGGAGCGUCCUGGGCCGAGCUCCCAAGGAACACGUCCUUGUACCAAC